AAUUUAAUGAAAAUGGAAACAAAGGAUCCACAAAAGACCCGUAAAACCACUACCUAAAGGUAUCUUUUUAUGCAUUGCUCAUUUCAUUUCUCAAGCUUCAAAAUAGGUCACGUGAUCAAAAGUGACCAUUCAAAUUUCAUUAUUCUGCAUCAACUUUUAUCACGUGACCUAUUUUGAUGCAAAAGUGAGCGAUGAGCGACGCAUGAAAAGGUACUUUAACGGAUUUGCACAGUGAAUGAUUACAACGGCUACCGAAUUCCUAAAAGUGAAGUACAAACUUUCAGCUUCGUGUACUAUCGAGUACUGGUGCACAGCUGAGCUUAGAGUAAACAAAGGCAAUGAUGCCACAUGUAUGAUAUAUUGUUUUGCGUGAUUUACUUAUUAUGUUCUCUUAUAAAUAUAUUAAAUAAAUUGCUAGUUAUCACAAGUUAUUAUCGAAAAGUACCUCACAGAGAAUUUUUCUAUUGGUUAACCAUAAUAUUCAACAGGGUUGACUACGAAAGAAUUCAGUCAGUUGGUCCAGAUCGUGCCUGUGCUGAAUGGCUUUUGAAAAAUGGUGCCAGUGUCAGAUGGAAAGGCUUUUCUGAACACUUGAAAGAUUAUAAUAAAUUACCACCAGAAGAAAAUCGUUGUUACAUUCAAGCAGUAGAUGCUACAGAUUCUGGUGUAACACACGUUGGAUUUCCACAUUUUGUUGGUUGCAGGUACAUUGAUGAAAUAAAACUAGUACGUUGUUUUUAUUUAUACAACAAUGCCUUACCAUUAUUAGCAGCAGUAAAGGAUACUCUGGUUACUCUUGAAAUCAAGGAUUGUAAGAGUAUAACUGAUGAGGGAGUGCGCAGUUUGAAAAACCUGAAAAAUUUAAAGACUCUAAAACUGGGUGGCAUGCCAUAUCUGGAGGAUAAAGCUUCGCUUAAGAAAGAGCUUGCAAAAGCUUUACCAAAUUGUUCAAUUGAAUUAAAAUAAGUUGCAUUAAAAGACAUUGAUAUUAAUAAUACUUUUACAUUACGUAUCACUUUUUGAAUUGACGAUUCUCUUACAUUUGCAACUGCAUCUUCUCAAACUGCUAUCCUCACUUUU